GAAUGUAGCAAGUGUCUUCAGUCCACACUCACCAAAUCGUCGCUUCAUUUCGGCCACACCAAUUCGCUUUGUGGAACGCUAGCUAGGCUGCGUUAGUGUUUUUAUACACCACAAACAACAUAUCUGUGGAUCAACGUUUGAGAAUAUUUAUGCGGCUGCGCCUUUCAAUAUACAAAAACGAAGAUGACAUCAAAACUGAAAGCAGGGAAGGUCGGCUCCAAGAAUAAGGAGGAUGCUCCUUAUGAGUUGGAGAGCCAGUUUGUCCUGAGGCUUCCUUUGGAGUACGCCUCAACGGUGAGAAGGAUUGCCCAGUCAAGCAGUAUGAACAUUAAAGACCGGCUCACCAUUGAGUUGCACCCCGAUGGCCGUCACGGCAUUGUAAGAGUAGACCGCGUCCCUUUGGCCUGCAAGCUGGUGGAUCUGCCCUGUAUGAUUGAGUCUCUGAAAACAGUGGACAAGAAGACAUUUUACAAGACUGCUGACGUUUGCCAGAUGCUGGUGUGUACACUAGAUGGAGACCUUUACCCUCCUUUGGAGGAGCCAACAGGAACCGACCCCAAGAGCAAGAAGAAGGACAAAGACAAAGACAAGAAAUUUGUUUGGAACCACGGAAUCACCUGCCCUCUGAAGAAUACACGCAAGCGGAGAUUUCGGAAAACUGCAAAAAAGAAGUACAUUGAAUCCCCUGAUGUGGAAAAGGAGGUGAAGAGAUUGCUGAGCACAGACGCUGACGCUGUCAGUGUGCGGUGGGAAAUCAUAGCAGAAGAUGAGUCCAAGGAAGCCGAUCAGCACGGCUCUCUGGCCAACCUGGACUCCUCGCCUGGCACCUCGGGACACAAGAUGGGUCAUGGCUCUUUGGCCCAGCGUGACGAACUGAGGGAGAUCUUCAACGACAUCAGCAGCUCCAGUGAGGAUGAGGAGGACGAAGGGGACCGGCACGAGGACGAGGACCUGAAUAUCAUGGACACCGAGGAUGAUCUGGUCCGACAGCUCCAAGAGAAACUCAACGAGUCCGAUUCUGCACAGCAUGAAAGCGAUAGAAACAACCAGAUAGUUAUGGAGUACCAGUUGCAGAUGAACAGCGUCAAAGCCAAGCUUCAGGACACCCGCGCCCGAAAGAAACAGCAGGAGGAGCUCAUCAUGAAAGUGGAAAACCAGGCGCUCAAAAACCGCUUCCAAGCUUUGUUGGACGAGAUUAUUCAGCAGGAGGAGCGCGAGAUGGAGCAGCUGGCCUCCCUGCAGGAGCAGCUGGACUCGCUGAUAGAGAAGUGACCACCAGGGGGCAGCCUCGUGCCGUCUUCUGGCUCACGAGUGCACACACACACACACACACACGAGGAGGAAGAGGAGGAGG